AGUGCCUCGCCGCAGUAUUGUCAGUCCUUCCCUCAGGAAUACAGAUACAGGAGGAUCUCUCUUACCAACUAGGCCUGCAUUACUCAGCUUGUUUGCAGAGACUGCAGUGUGGCCAUUGGGUUAGUACUGCAACAGACUAACAGAAGGACUGCGCCACACGCUACAGAAGAGGAGGAGAGACGUUGGAGCAAAACAAAGAUGAAGAGGAGAAUCAAGAAACAAGACAGGGGACAAAAGACUUGUGGACGUGAAGAGGAGGAAGAAGGAAAAAGGAAGUGAGUGGAUAAGGUGACGUGACAGGAAGAAAAAGAAGAGAAGAGUAAAACGUAACGUCUGCAGCUCUUCCCAUAACAACAAAGACACAUUUAGUUCAGCAAACUUGGUCCUGUCAGACACAUUCCUUUGGCAGAGUUAUGAAGGAAUUCAACAAACUCUGCUUGAUACAUUUGGAGGAUCCUUCCCACUGUGUUAAUAGACCUUGAAUUUUUAUACAUAACCAUCAGUGUUCAUGCCCAGCAGGACACAUCAAUUUCUGCACAACAAAACCUGUGGUGCAAGGAUGAAUUAACAGUGAAACUGGCAUCAGAUAUUCCACAAACAGCUGCUUUUAGAGAGGAUGUUCACUUUAGUCCUAUUAAGAGUGUGUUAAGCCUAAAGACAAAGGUUAAAUAAAAGAUAGAAAAAAAAAACUUCUACAAAUUGGAGGAGCCAAAGUCAAAAUCUUCCUCUAGGUAAUGUAUGUUGCACAGGAUGUGACUGGAAAUUAGAACAGUGAGCUGAAUCCUCUGGCGGCAAAACUGUAACAGCACAACCCUGCAAAAUGCCGUGCUCACCUUUCCGAAUUGGAAGGCCGAGAAAAUUCUGGAAACAAGAUGGCAGUGACCCCCGAAUAUCUGCAACACUAGAGCCCCAGCUGUUCCAGCCUACGGUCCAAUACACCACCUCACCAUUCCACAAGACCACAGAUUUAUUUGAAAUGAUUGAAAAGAUGCAGGGCAACAGGAUGGAUGAGCAGAGAUGCACCUUUCCUCCCCCACUCAAGACUGAGGAGGACUACAUUCCAUACCCAAGUGUCCAUGAGGUGUUGGGCAGAAAAAGCCCCUUUCCUCUCAUCCUUCUGCCGCAGUUUGGAGGCUACUGGAUUGAGGGAACUAAUCAUGAGCUGAGUGACACAGUGGACGCAGAGCAGCUGCAGCCUCUGUCCCCGAACACACGCACCAAGCUGGAAUGUAACACAACAGCUACGCUCUUCCGGAAACACUUCCUGGGCAAGGAACACUUUAAUUACUAUUCAGUGGACAGUGCGCUUGGACAUCUGGUGUUCUCUUUAAAGUACGAUGUGAUUGGUGACCAGGAACAUCUCCGACUAAUGCUCAGGACCAAACUGAAAACCUACCAUGAUGUGAUCCCCAUCUCCUGUUUGACAGAGUUUCCCAAUGUGGUCCAAAUGGCCAAGCUUGUCUGUGAAGAGGUCAACGUGGACCGCUUCUUCCCUGUCCUUUAUCCAAAAGCUUCAAGACUUAUUGUCACCUUUGAUGAACAAGUCAUAAGCAACAAUUUCAAGUUUGGCGUCAUUUAUCAAAAGUUUGGACAGACUUCAGAGGAAGAGCUAUUUGGAAACAGUGAAGAGAGUCCUGCCUUUGUAGACUUCCUGGAGUUUCUAGGGGAGAAAAUUGAGCUGCACAACUUUAAAGGUUUUCGCGGAGGGUUAGAUGUGACUCACGGGCAGACUGGCACAGAAUCUGUCUACUGCAACUACCGUAACAAAGAGGUCAUGUUCCAUGUGUCCACAAAGCUGCCUUACACAGAAGGGGACACCCAGCAGUUGCAGAGAAAGAGGCACGUAGGGAACGAUAUUGUGGCCAUAGUAUUUCAAGAAGAAAAUACUCCAUUUGUACCAGAUAUGAUCGCCUCCAACUUUCUCCAUGCCUACGUUGUAGUCCAAGUGGUCAACCCCUGCUCUGACAAUGUUCUCUACAAGGUGUCAGUGACAGCACGGGAUGAUGUACCUUUCUUUGGCCCGGCCCUCCCAAACCCUGCUGUCUUUAAAAAAGGCCCUGAAUUCCAUGAUUUCCUUUUCACUAAGCUCAUCAAUGCAGAGUAUGCCUGCUACAAAGCUGAGAAAUUUGCCAAAUUAGAGGAACGAACGCGGUCGGCCUUGUUAGAGACGCUGUAUGAGGAGCUCCAUGUGAACAGCCAGACCAUGAUGGGUGUUGGAGGAGAGGAUGACAAACUGGAAAACGGGAGUGGAGGAGGAGGGGGCUUCUUUGAGUCCUUCAAGCGGGUGAUCCGCAGCAGGAGCCAGUCUAUGGAUGCCAUGGGUCUUUCUUUCAAGAAGCCACACACAGUCUCCACUAGCCUCAGCGGCAGCUUUAACCACAACCCCGCAGAGAGUCCCAAAUUCCCAGGGAUAUCAUUGCUUGUCCCAGGCAAAAGUCCCAGUAAAUAUGGACGUCGAGGCAGUGCCAUAGGGAUAGGAACAGUAGAAGAGUCUUUGAUAAUCCCGGGGAAAAGCCCGACCAGGAAAAAGUCUGGUCCUUUCAGCUCCAGGCGAAGCAGUGCCAUCGGUAUUGAAAACAUUCAAGAAGUCCAGGAGAAGAGCAGGGAAAACUCCCCAAGCAUCCAGAAGACCCCUGACAGCGGCCAUGUCUCCCAAGACCCCAAAUCUGACAACUCGUCCAAUCAGAGCUCUCCUGAGGUGCUCACAACAACUAAGAACAGUUCUUGUCUUGGUGGCAGGGCCCCAUCCAUCCCCGAGGGUCACGACCUCUCCCGCUCCUCCUCCAAUGCUAGCAGCUUCGCCAGUGUGGUGGAGGAGAAUGAGACAGAGGCCACAGAGGACUAUGACACAGGCAUGGAGAGUCUGUCGUCUGCCGGGACGCCACACAAGCGAGACUCCUUCACCUACAGCACCUGGCUGGAGGACAGCAUCAGCAGCACCAGUGCCACCAGUCGCGGUAGCUCCCCAGGGCCUGGUAAACCUGAACGAGGGAAAGGGACGGACAUCCGUAUCAAAUUGGAACGACCACACGAUCAUCAGUCCUCAUCGGUGAGUCAUCUCUAUCUUGGACUAAACUGCCAGCUACCAGUAACACACUUGUUGCUCUGCAUGAUCUUCUUUCUCUUGAUGUACAGGGCACACUGGCACUGAAAUGUUUUAUACUCUCCCGUUAAACUGAGCAAAUGCACUGAAGCUGUAGUGUGCAACAGUACGACCUCUCCUUUACUGCCCUUUGGUGCUUCAUUGCUUCUCUUGUGCUGUUGUGCUGAUGCUCUGCUGUGUUUGUUGUUUUAUUGCUGUUUGUGCGUCUCUGUGUGCAGAAUUGUUAGCUCCACCCACCUGGUUGUAUCCUGGAUCUCCAUCUUCAGGUUAGACUUUCCUCAGUAAUCUUUCAAUCCAUGGAUUUAAACUAUGGACCAAUGGAGCAGAUAUCCUUUACAUACAUUGAAACAGAACUAAAUGCUGCUUGUAUACUGAGGAAUAAACCAAACCAAGACAUACAGAUGUUUUGGCAUCGUACAAAACUGCAAAGUAUACAUUUUAAUAAUUAAUAUCUUAUGGCUGAUGACAUGUAUAGAGUAUAUUCUAACACCUUAAUUUGUGUUGAGAGUUUUAAAAAAGACGUCUCUCUCUUAUUCCCAAAGCAUUCCCAUAAGUCACAGUCCUUCUGGGAGAUGAGACAAGUGCAGGCGUUCGCCAUGACCUAUGAUGAGGAGGAGGACGAUGAGCAAGAGGAGAAAAAGCAGGUGGAGCCUGGUCAGUCUGCUGCUCAGUGAAGGCCAGACAGCAGUGUAUCCAGAGACCUGGAGGACACUGGAGAGGAUGACGCACAAAGAGGGGCCAGCUUUUGCACAAAAAAGUGUUGUUUCCUUCCACUUUUCUUUGCCUGUUCACACAUCUGUUGCCUAGUUGUUGUUGUUUUUUUUCACCUGUACCUUUGUUUCAAAAGCACACAUUUUACCUACAAAUUAAAUAGUUUUAUUUGUAAAAUAUAUGACUUUGGUUUAGUUUGUCUUGUUGAAGCCUGGGUGUGCUAGAUAUACAGGGUAAAGACAGUGCCAUUGAUCUCUUUGUAGAAAUUGUGUGAAGGAUUUUUUGCUGCAACAUAGAGGAGAUAAUUGCCUGGAUGGUUUUACCAAAUCAACAAAGGUUUUGGCUCUAUAAAGAUCUCUAGUACACAAUACCAAAUAAUAGUUUUCUAAUAAAACGUUCAAUCCGAUAUGUAUAACAUAUAGCAUUGUUCUGUUUAAUGUGAUUAUUUUCUGGGUAACGUCCCAGUAGAAGUACUGUGUAGCUGCAGCAAAAUAAUUUCUUUGACAGUAGCUGCGCUCUUUCCUCUACCAUCCAAAAUUUCCACAAUAACAGAUUUCAAACCUGAAACCACAGGUCACAGUGAAGACAGCAAUGUAUCAUAAAUCAAAUGAAAUGGCCUUAAAAUUUAAAAAUGCAUUUUUUUUGCCCCUCAAAUCAUUUUACAUCACUUCUUUUACUCACAUGUUCUGCGGCCAAUAAUGGGACGGCAGUAAUAGGUCAGUGGUAAAGUAGUGUUGGUCAGGACCAUUUUUAUUAUAUUUAAGCACACUAGUUUCUUAAGAAAUCAUGGUGGAAUGCGGUCAUGCUUCAGCACUGCCUAUAUAGUCUUCUAAAGUAUGGAUAUAUCCACCAAUGACUGAUUUAACUGCUAUUUCUGUCUUGUCUAUUGAUGCACAGACCAGUCUCUACAUUAUGUUCUGAGUUGCUUUUUUCUUUCUGAUAUAUGUCUUUAUUUAUUGAUUUGGUUCCCGUUGGAGUGGCAUUUAUUGCGUGCAUCUGUUAUAGCCUACUGUACCUCUAUGGUGACUACAUUCAGCAUCCUGUUAUAUGCUUAGACUGUAGGUGUUGCUUUGGAGUAAAUUAUAAUGUUGUCAUCUGUAAAGCUCUGUCUUUUUCAGGGGUUGAAUCUCUUUCAGUGCAGUAAACUUGCAAUGCAAUUAUGAUAAAACAGUGAAUAUUUAUUUGCUUUUAAGGUGAGAAAAUGACUCCAAAUACAACUACUGAUUUUGUAAAUAGAUAUUUAGUUGGAGUACAUAGUAUAUAAUGUAUAGGCCAUUGAUUUAAAAUGUGAUUGACCAACACCUUGAAAUGACUGCCAAGUAAACAGUUCAUUGUUGUUUUAUUAUCUAGUAUCCUUAUCUUUAAAUAUUAUUUUGAGGGAGUUUUGUAGAAUAAAAUUGUUUUAAAAGCUAUUCAGACUGUUCUGUAAAAGGGAAAAUCAUACAGUACAUCCUGCUGAUCAUUUCAGUUGCCUUAUCAUCACAAAUGGAUGGUAGAUAGUGAAACAAAUAGUCAAUAGCCAGCAGGAUUUACAAUGAAUUGAAUGUUUUGUUGUUGUUGUUUUUAUUGUAAAUAAAUGCCCCAAGAACUUUA